GAAAGUCUGACAGCCACCAGCUCCGGGUGGGCGCGCUGUAGUGACUGCUGGCGGAACUGGCGGCGCCGCGUCGCUGCUGGAUUCGCCUGGGCUCUCGGCCUUCCUGCGGGCAGGGGGUCCUCCUUCCCAAGCUCCCGCUCUCCCCUACCCCAGGCACGCGGCCACGCGCAGCGGCUUUUCCCGCCGCCGCCCCGCGUCACCUGCGCGGCUGCCUUCCCGCCCCGGAGCGGCGGCGAAGGGCGCGGGGCGCGCGCGGGAGGCCACCCGGCCCUUCCCUCCCUUCUCCCCACCCCAGCCUGCUCCUCCUCAGCGCCUCCUCCCCACACACCCGCUGCCUUCCUCUCUCCUGAGAGUUUCCCGGCACCUUCGGCGAGGAGUUUGGAGCGGCCCCACCGCAGAGCCCACGGCCGGCCGAGUGCGAGCGACACAGGUGCCCGAGCCCCCGUGCCUCCGCCAUCGCUGCCUUUCGUCGGGGUUGGACCCCUGGAUCGAAGUGGAACCCGCUAGUCUCUCCUCCACCCCCUACUGCCACCUCUUCCUGCUCCGGGUGUCCUUCUUUGAAGUAAGAUGAUUUGUCAAAAAUUCUGUGUGGUUUUAUUACAUUGGGAAUUUAUUUAUGUGAUAACUGCAUUUAACCUGUCAUAUACAAUUACUCCCUGGAGAUUUAAGUUGUCUUGCAUGCCACCAAAUACAACCUAUGAAUACUUCCUCUUGCCUGCUGAAGUCUCAAAGAACACUUCAAGUUUGAAUGGACAUUAUGACACAGCUGUUGAAGCUAAAUUUAAUUCAAGUGAUAUCUACUUUUCUAACUUAUCCAAGACAACUUUCCAGUGUUGCUUUUGGAGUGAACAAGAUAUUAAUAAAAACUGCACUGUAAGUGCAGACAACAUUGAAGGAAAGACAUUUGCUUCAACAGUAAAUUUUUUAGUUAUUCAACAAAUAGGUGCAAACUGGAACAUACAGUGUUGGAUGAAAGGGGACUUGACAUUAUUCAUCUGUUAUAUGGAACCAUUAUUUAAGAAUCCUUUCAAGACUUAUAAUUUUAAAGUCCAUCUUUUAUAUAUUCUGCCUGAAGUGUUAGAAGACUCACCUCUGGUCCCUCAGAAAAGCAGUUUUCAGAUUGUUCAGUGCAACUGCAGUGUUCAUGAAUGUUGUGAAUGUCUUGUGCCUGUGCCAACAACCAAACUCAACAACACUCUUCUUAUGUAUUUGAAAAUCUCAUCUGGUGGAAUAAUUUUUCAGUCACCUCUAAUGUCAGUUCAUCCCAUAAAUGUCGUGAAGCCUGAUCCACCAGUAGGUUUGAAUAUGGAAAUCACAGAUGACGGUAAUUUAAAAAUUUCUUGGUCCAGCCCCCCAUUGGUACCUUUUCCACUUCAAUAUCAAGUGAAAUAUUCAGAGAAUUCUACAAUUAUAAGAGAAGCAGACAAGAUUGUCUCAGCUACAUCACUGCUAGUAGACGGUGUGCUUCCUGGGGCUUCAUAUAAGGUUCAGGUGAGGGGCAAAAGGCUGCAUGGCCCGGGAAUCUGGAGUGACUGGACUACCCCUCAUACUUUUACCACGCAAGAUGUCAUAUACUUUCCACCUAAAAUUCUGACAAGUGUUGGAUCCAACGUUUCUUUUCACUGCAUCUAUAAAAAUGAAAACAAGAUUGUUUCCUCAAAAAAGAUUGUUUGGUGGAUGAAUUUAGCUGAGAAAAUUUCUCAAAGCCAGUAUAAUAUUGUGAGUGACCAUAUCAGCAAAGUUACUUUUCCCAAUUUGAAUGCAACCAAACCUCGAGGAAAAUUUACCUACGAUGCAGUGUACUGCUGCAAUGAACAUGAAUGUCAUCACCGUUAUGCUGAAUUAUAUGUGAUUGAUGUCAAUAUCAAAAUAUCCUGUGAAACUGAUGGGUACUUAACUAAAAUGACUUGUAGAUGGUCCACCAAUACAAUCCAAUCACUUGUGGGAAGCACUUUGCAAUUGAGAUAUCAUAGGAGCAGCCUUUACUGUUCGGAUAUUCCAUCUAUUCAUCCCAUAUCUGAACCCAAAGAUUGCCAUUUGCAGAGGGAUGGUUUUUAUGAAUGCAUUUUUCAGCCAAUCUUCCUAUUAUCCGGUUAUACAAUGUGGAUUAGGAUCAAUCACUCUUUAGGUUCACUUGACUCUCCACCAACAUGUGUCCUCCCUGAUUCCGUGGUGAAGCCACUGCCUCCAUCCAGUGUAAAAGCAGAAAUUACUGUAAACGUUGGAUUAUUGAAAAUAUCUUGGGAAAAGCCAGUCUUUCCAGAAAAUAACCUUCGGUACCAGAUUCGCUAUGGCUUAAGGGGAAAAGAAGUACAAUGGAAGAUGUCUGAGGUGUAUGAUGCAAAAUCAAAAUCUGCCAGUCUUGCCGUGCCAGACCUGUGUGCAGUCUAUGCUGUUCAGGUGCGCUGUAAGAGGCUGGAUGGGCUGGGCUAUUGGAGUAAUUGGAGCAAUCCAGCCUACACAGUUGUCAUGGAUAUAAAAGUUCCUAUAAGAGGACCCGAAUUUUGGAGAAUAAUUAAUGGAGAUAUUACAAAAAAAGAGAGAAAUGUCACCUUACUUUGGAAGCCCCUGAUGAAAAAUGACUCAUUGUGCAGUGUGAGGAGAUAUGUAAUAAACCAUUAUACUUCCCGCAAUGGAACAUGGUCAGAAGAUGUGGGAAAUCACACUAAAUUCACUUUCCUGUGGACAGAACAAGCACAUACAGUUACAGUUCUGGCCAUCAAUUCAAUUGGUGCUUCUUUUGCAAAUUUUAAUUUAACUUUCUCAUGGCCUAUGAGCAAAGUAAAUAUCGUGCAGUCACUCAGUGCUUAUCCUUUAAACAGCAGUUGUGUGAUUCUUUCCUGGAUACUCUCACCCUGUGAUUACAGUCUAAUGUAUUUUAUUGUUGAGUGGAAGAAUCUUAAUGAAGAUGAUGAAAUUAAAUGGCUUAGAAUCCCUUCAUCUUUUAAGAAGUAUUAUAUCCACGACCAUUUCAUCCCCAUUGAGAAGUAUCAGUUCAGUCUUUAUCCAAUAUUUAUGGAAGGAGUGGGAAAACCGAAGAUAAUUAAUAGUUUCACCCAAGAUGAUAUUGAAAAACACAAGAACGAUGCAGGUCUAUAUGUAAUUGUGCCAAUAAUUAUUUCCUCUUCCAUUUUAUUGCUUGGAACAUUGUUAAUAUCACACCAAAGAAUGAAAAAGCUGUUUUGGGAAGAUGUUCCUAACCCCAAGAAUUGUUCCUGGGCACAAGGACUUAAUUUUCAGAAGCCAGAAACGUUUGAGCAUCUUUUUAUCAAGCACACAGAGUCAGUGACAUUUGGUCCUCUUCUUUUGGAGCCUGAAACCAUUUCAGAAGAUAUCAGUGUUGAUACACCAUGGAAAAAUAAAGAUGAGAUGGUACCAGCCACUGUGGUCUCUCUACUUUUGACAACUCCAGAUGUUGGAAAGGGUUCUCUUUGUAUUAGUGAUCAAUGCAACAGUGCUAACUUCUCUCAGGCCGAGGGUACCCAGGUAACCUGUGAGGACGAAAGCAGGAGACAACCCUCUGUUAAAUAUGCCACGCUGGUCAGUAACUCGAAAUCAAGUGAAACUGAUGAAGAACAAGGGCUUAUAAAUAGUUCGGUCAGCAAGUGCUUCUCUGGCAAAAAUUCUCCACUGAAAGAUUCUUUCCCUAAUAGCUCUUGGGAGUUAGAGAGCCAGGCGUUUCUUAUGGUAUCAGAUCAGCAUCUGAACAAAAUGUCACCACACCUUACAUUCCCAGAAGGACUGGAUGAACUUUUGAAACUGGAGGGAAAUUUCCCUGAAGAAAAUAAUGUUGAAAAGUCUAUCUAUUAUUUAGGGGUCACGUCAAUCAAAAAAAGAGAGAGCGAUGUGUUUCUGACUGACGAGUCCAGAGUGUUGUGCCCAUUCCCAGCCCACUGUUUAUUCACUGACCUCAGAAUCCUCCAGGAGAGUUGCUCACACUUUGUGGACAAUAAUUUCAAUUUAGGAACUUCUGGUAAGAAGACUUUUGUAUCGUACAUGCCUCAAUUUCAAACUUGUUCCACUCAGACUCAUAAGAUAAUGGAAAACAAGAUGUGUGACCUAACUGUGUAAUUUCAUUCAAGACAUCUUCAGAUUUGCAUCACAAUGGGUCAUAUGAAGUGUAAUGUAUUGCUUUAUAGCUGUAUAUAUUACUUUAAAAGAUGGAAGAGAGAAAAGAAAAUGGUCAGAGUCAAAUUUGAAAAUGGUUGUUUCAAAAUUAAUGUUGUCCGUUUGUCCUCUCUUGGUAAUACUCGCAAAAAAUGUGAGAAAGCCUUCAUGAGCCUAGUAGUGUAGACAGACUCUUAUAAUGAUUCUAUUCCCAAACUGUAGUGAGAAGGGCUCUUGUUUCUAACUAGAAAUUAGCUAACAAGUAACAAAUACCAUCUUUUGUGAACAUUAGACCUGUGUAGAAAGAGCUAAUCUUUUGUAUUACACCUACUUCUGAAACAAGGCUUCAAACUAAUAUUUGUGAGAUGUAAUUGUUCUUUCAGGGGUGUGUUUGUUUCACCUUGGGUUGUCUUUGAGUUGUGCUAAUUCUCACACACAAAACAUGCACACACACACACACAAUUUGUACUUAAUGUGUGUCCUUGUGCAUUUUGAGAAUAUGUGAUGUGUUUGUAAUUUUGUACUACCAGACUGUGUGAUUUGAAGUAGACACUUCCCUAAAUGUUGAAGAUAAAUAGAAAAGUUGCCCUGGUCCAAAGGGAUUAUACUGGUGAAGACUAAUAAGUAAGUUAAUUGAUAUGUACCAAAUCUAAGAUGCAUACCAUAGAAUGAAGAAACCUACUAGAAUGGCAAUAUCCAUAACCAGUAUUUUAAUGACAAUAUAGCACUUUUGAAAGCAUGUUGUUAAUUUUGGCUCUUCUCUCUAAAAAUGUUGAAAUCAUCACUUUUUAUAAAGUUGGAUUGUCAACUGUCACUGUAUAUAACCCUGAAUCAUCUUUCCUCAUACUCACUUGCAUGUAUACUGUUUUUUUCCUCACUUACUGAGCGUUCUCUUGAUCUAAACCAACUACUGUGCUAAUAGUUUGUAUAUUUUAAGUCAAUUAAUUAUUGCAAUGGUUGUAUGAGACAUGUUUUACUAUUAACAUUGUACCCCUUUUAAAGAUGUCAGAAGUAUUGUUAAGAGGUCUCAGGAUUUCACAUACCAAACUGAUGCCUCUCUUACACGAAAAAGGUCUAGGGCCCAUACCAACCCACUAAUUAGUGUGGUAGGAAAGCCUUAGUUCUAUGCAAAGAUAAAUGGAAAAGAUUUUUUUUCUACUGAUUUUCAAGUGACUUUAGAGAUUCAGAAACAGACAGAAAUUAUUACAUAUAUGGAAAUUUCCAUAAAAUUGACUAUUGCCAUUUUUAAUGCAUGCUUAGAAUGUAAACAUUGAAUUGAAGGUAUAGUAUAGAAGAGGUAGAAAAUUAUGUUUUGCCAUACUCUGCAUGUAAUUGGAGAUUAACCCUUGAGCACAUCCACUGACACACAACAUUCUCCUGUGGUCUGGGACUCAGACCAACAGGAAAGAGAAACUGAUAGGCGUUCCAAUCGGCCCAAGGAUGCACCAUGCUGUGUGUAUGCUGGUGUGAUCCAGAUGUCCCAGGACCACUGCAGUGCAGGUCUGAGUUAAAGGACUUUAGUGACAGAAUAUUAAUCUUAGAUCACUGAUACCACCCUUCUGCAGCUUCAGUUCCCCCAAACAAGCACACAAAUAAACAAAAAAAGCACUUCAAAAAUAUUGAAAUUCCAAGGUUCUUUCCUUCAUAGAGAAGGUUGAACUUUGGCCUAUUGGCAUGUAUAGAAUUAGAUCAUAUUUAUUGUUAGUGUGCUUGAGUUCUGAUGUCCACUUUUGAAGGUUUAUUUCACUAUAUACAUUAUUAUGUUUUUAUGAGUUUUUGUGAAAAUUACUGCUAUUAAAUAGUGGAUUUUCAUAAAAUUCAGGAAAAAUUUAGAAUGUUUUAUACAUCAUAAUGGUCAGAUACUCUACAUUUCUUCCCAGGGCUUCUAUAAAUAAAUUUUAAGGGAAGGGGUAGUUGAAGUAUUGGAUUUGGAAUUUUAAACUUAAGAUCAAUCUGAGAUUUUGCACUUUCAUUUAAAGGCCUUAAAUUGCUGGGCACAGUGGUGCUCGCCUAUAGUCCUAGCUACUUGGGAGGCUGAGGC